AUGGACCCAAUUAAAUAUCUCUUCGAGAAACUGGCACUAACUGAAAGGAUGGCCAGGUGGUUGUUGUUGCUGUCAGAAUUCGACAUAACAUAUGUCAACCAAAAGUCCAUAAAAGGGCGAGCUAUCUUGAAUCACUUGGCGGCGUAUCCUGUAAGGUCAGCCUCACGAUCGACAGAGGAUUCUUUCCCAAAUGAAGACUUAUGUCAUGUGGCAGAAGAUCAAGAAUGGCAGUUGUAUUUCAAUGGAGCCGCGAAUCAAAAAGGAUUUGGGGCAGGAGUUUUACUUGUAACCCCUGAAGACUUUUACUUACCAAUGGCAUUCCGUCUAGAGUUCAGUUGCACCAAAAACAUUGCAGAAUACGAAGCUUGUGCCAUUGGCUUGGAGAUGGCAUUAUCUGUAGGAGUGGAAAAGAUCAAAGUUUUUGGAGAUUCAUCCGUCGUGAUUUGUCAAACUCAAGGGAAGUGGAGGACUAGGGACGAAAAGUUAAAGCCCUACCAAGUAUAUUUGGAACAACUGGCCAAAUGCUUCAAAGAAAUCUCUUUUGAAUACCUGCCUAGAGAUAGCAAUCGCUUUGCGGAUGCCUUGGCUACUUUAGCAUCCAUGGUGGAAUGCGAUCCUCGGGAUAGGAUCCGGCCUUUCUUGAUAGAAAGAAGGACUGGCCCGGGAUAUGGAGAGUCAGUCAAUAUGCUCACUGAGGAUGGAAGACCUUGGUAUGCCCCAAUUGUUGAUUACAUCAGAGAAAGGAGGUACCCCAAGCAUUUCUCGAAAAGAAAGAAGAGACAUCUAUGGAAAUAUGCCACUCAAUUCAUCCUCCAAUGA